CCCAUUACAUAUUAUUUGCCCUCUUAUGUCAUUUCCCUUUAUACUAGUCACAGUAAAUGAAAGAUGUUCUCAGGAAAUAGACUUGUGAAAGAGUGUGGCUGUGAGUAAACACUGAAGAUUAUAUUAAGGUGGGCAUACAGACACUUCUCUCUUAACAAAUGCUCCUUAACAUGCAAUGUCUUCAGAGGGAAUUAUUAUCGUGUUUAAUCUAUAAGAUGUGUCUUAGGAAAAAAAUGGGAAAAAUUUGUAAUAGGAAUUUUACAGGAAUGUAAUAUCCAUGAGUCAAAGACCUUGCGUCCUAGGGGAGUUUCAGUAAGCUGUGCCAAGGCAUCUAGGGGCCUGCACCAGCACACCGCAAACAUCACCAUAACACACCUCUCUUGAGAUGAUAAAUACCUGCCCAGGAUGGGCCUGGAAUGUUUACUAAGACCGUACGGUCUACAUCGAAUUCCUAGGAGGAAUCGCUGUCAAUUAUGUGAAGAUGCCCAAACUAUUAUUUUCAAAGAUUCGGAUCUAUGAAUUGAAGGAUAUACCGCAAAAUAGAACUCAGAGAAGAAGGAUCGAUAUCCUUCUUUGCAGAAAAAGACAGAAAAAAGACAUCCCGUGUAUUCUGGCGCAAAAGAUAAAUGAUGAGUCCUUUUCUACAAAAAUCAAUCCAGAGGACAAUAGAGGAAUCCAGCCAACUCUUGAGACCUUGUUGAAGGACGAAAGGUGCCUUGCAGCCUUCCGAGCCUUCCUGCGGUCCGAAUUCAGUGAGGAGAAUAUUGAAUUUUGGCUAGCAUGCAGAGACUACAGAAAGACCAUCUCACCGGCUGACCUGUUCUGGAAAGCAACAGAGAUCUACCAGGAGUUCCUCCAUCCCCAGGCCCAGAGAGAGAUCAACGUUGACCACCACAUCCACGAGAAGAUCAAAAGGUCCAUGAAAGCCCCUGCUCUGUGCUGCUUUGACGAGGCAGUGGGACAUGUGUACAAACUGAUGGAGAGCGACUCGUAUUCCAGGUUCCUCAGGUCAGAUGCCUACCUGGGGCUCAGACGCAAAGCCAGGACCUUCUGGUAGAGGUUAGGGGUCAAGAGUUUGUGACUCAAGAUUCACCAAGUCCAAACAAGGAGGAUUCCAAACGAGUCAUGGAAACAUGAGACUUUAGAUCCUGAGGAUAGAACUGAAAGAUCCCCACAGGAAGUGACACAUAAUGACCACAGGAAAUUACUUAUGAGUUGGAGAAGAAGAAGAAAUUAGUAUAGAGUAUGGAGAAGCAUUGAGUGUUAGAGAUGAGUGAUGUGUGGUGAUGAGUAGUGUCAAUGAUUCAGAGUGCUAAACAGUACAUUUAUUCAAACAUCUAGACUGACUGAUGCAUCAAGUGGCGUUGGCGUAAAAAAAAUGUGUGUAUAGGGAAUCGGUUUAGGUAAGAACAGAAGGUACAGAAUGUCUAAAUGGAAGGACUUACAUUACAAAUGGUUACAGAAAUGAGUUACAUAUGUUACAGAAAUAAGUUACGUAUGGUUACAGAAAUGAGUUACGUAUGUUACAGAAAUGAGUUACGUAUGUUACAGAAAUGAGUUACGUAUGGUUACAGAAAUGAGUUACAUAUGUUACAGAAAUGAGUUAGGUAUGGUUACAGAAAUGAGUUACGUAUGUUACAGAAAUGAGUUACGUAUGGUUACAGAAAUGAGUUACAUAUGUUACAGAAAUGAGUUAGGUAUGGUUACAGAAAUGAGUUACGUAUGUUACAGAAAUGAGUUACGUAUGGUUACAGAAAUGAGUUACAUAUGUUACAGAAAUGAGUUAGGUAUGGUUACAGAAAUUAGUUACAUAUGUUACAGAAAUGAGUUACGUAUGGUUACAGAAAUGAGUUACAUAUGUUACAGAAAUGAGUUACGUAUGGUUACAGAAAUGAGUUACAUAUGUUACAGAAAUUAGUUACGUAUGCUUACAGAAAUGAGUUACAUAUGUUACAGAAAUGGGUUAUGUAUGGUUACAGAAAUGAGUUACGUAUGGUUACAGAAAUGGGUUAUGUAUGGUUACAGAAAUGCAGCACUAAAGGGCUUUUAAGUAUUCCAUUCAAGUGUUAUUUGUUUUGGCAAAGACAAAAAUCUGUUUUUUCAUUUCAUGCUUAUUUGACACCCAUGAUAUGGAUCUGUCAGCAAUAUGAAACAUGAAUAACUGUUAUUCAUUUAACUCUUAAUACUAAUAUAGCAUGGAUGGACCCUGUCAGUUUAAAUAUACAGUAUACUUCCAUAAGUCCGGAUGUUGACGUUGUCAGAGUGAAGGGUUAUCUUUAAUUCGUCCUGUGACACUGAGUAAUCGCGUGUGGUCGGUGCGCAGGGAAAAUCGGAGAAAAUGAUUUUCCACAGCCUGCUGACUGUAAGUCUGUUGUGAUCACAUGUCAGCUGUCUCAGCUAAUUGCCCAGAGCCAUCCCAGCGACUAUAUAUUGAAGCUGGAAAAAAAUUGCCCUGUCACCGUUGACCCCACUCUAUAGAUGGCUCUAUUUCUCAAAGUAGUCUCUUAAAAAGGUAAUCUGGAUGGCUCUAAGAAUAACUGUGAGUUUGACCCAGAACUCCCACCAGUGGAUUGGAGUCAGUGGAUGCUCUGACGCAUGGCAAAUUGGCCUGAAUGUGUCCCCUUGUUAGGGAAGUAAUCUCAUCACCAAGGAACAACUGUUCUGUGAUGACUUUUAGCAUCAGCAUGGCGCACUAUGGACAAAUGUCUGGAGGCUAGCACAGCAUGAUCUUCAAUUGAGCAUUGCACAAUAAUUAUGAGAAGAACUCAAUGUUAUUACUACAUACAAGGUUAUAAAUAGACCACAGGAAGAGUAG